UUUGUCUUGAUUUCAUUCAUUUAAUCAGUCAUCGAUAAAGUAUUUUAUUCAGUUAUGUAUCGCUGCUGAAUAUUAAUAUUAAAUCAGUUAUUUCGGCGUAUAUUUACGUUAAUUAUGGAAAUGUAGUGCCUUAUCUAAUAGUGUGUGUAUCGUGUCGUGUUUUCCAAUCCUCUCCAUUCCAUCACUUCUUGCCGAGGAUGAUCUCAUUGACGUACUGACAUAGCGAGAUCUUGAUCGUUUUAUUAUUUUACUGUUGACUAAGUCCAAUGACCUUGUAGCUUAUAAUAAAAUCAUCGAAAGUAAUUGGUGAAAAUGAAGAAACAGUUCUACAGAGUGAAGCAACUAGCGGAUCAAACAUUUUCAAGGUCAGGCAAGGCUGAGGCGCUCACGGAUGAAUUGCAAAAUGCUGACAGGAAGGUCGAACACCUUAGAAAUGCUCUGCAGCUGGUCAGCAAGAGGCUCUCAACUGGGGCAGGCAGCACACAGGGGCAAGACCCUGCUGCUCGGGAGAAGAGGCUCAAAAAACUCCCAGAAUAUAUGCUAGGCUUGUCUAUGUGCGAGGCCAGUAACUUUGAUGAUGACGACAGCAUUUUAAAGUUUAUUUUGUAUGAGUGUGGUAAAACAGAAAAAUUCCUGGCAAAUGAAAUAGCUGAGCAUGAGUUGAAGGUGGAACAGCUGGUGUGUGCCCCUCUCACAGCCAUCAGUGAUCAGGACCUGCCUGCUAUCAUGAAGGCCAAGAAGCAACUCAGCAGGCUCAUGAGUGAGAAGGAAUCUGCUGCCAGUAGAUACCAUCACUUAGAACGUCAGAAGGAGGAAAAUCCGACCAAGUUAAGCGCAGCUCGCGAAGAACUAGAAGAGGCAGGGAACCGCGUGGAAGCGGCAAGGGACGCCCUCGCCGCGGACAUGUUCGCGCUAGUGGCCAAGGAAGCCCAGCUCGCACACACACUACUGCAAUACGUGAAGCUGCAAAGAGCAUAUCACGAAUCAGCCCUUCAUUCCCUCGCCGAUACCGUGCCUGAAUUGGAGAAGUUUAUAAACGACAGCUCGGUGAAGCCAGUAUUCGGCUAUCCGCUGGAGGAACACCUGCGAGUGACGUCACGAACUAUCGCAUUCCCCAUAGAACUAUGCGUAUGCACGCUACAUGAACUGGCUCUCAACGAGGAAGGACUCUUCAGAAUUGCUGGUGGGACUUCGAAAGUGAGAAGAAUGAAGUUGUCGUUAGACGCCGGGUUGUUCAGUGUUCCGUUGCCGCGAGACUACAGGGACGUCCACGUGGUCGCGUCAGUUCUUAAGUCCUACCUCCGAGAACUACCAGAACCCCUGCUAACGUACCGCCUGUAUGACAACUUCAUCGCCGCCUCCCGGCAACCGACAGAACAAGCCCGCCUCAACGCUCUCUGGGAAGCCAUACACUUACUUCCCGACGCCAACUUCCAAAAUCUUAGAUACCUCAUCAAAUUCCUUUCAGCUCUAACUCAGAACCAAAGCACGAAUAAAAUGACCCCGUCUAACUUGGCUAUCGUGAUCGCGCCCAACCUGCUGUGGGCGGCCGACGAGAGCACCUUCGACAUGAAUAUUACGACUGUGGUCAACUGCGUCGUCGAGCUGCUCAUCAAGCACGCCGACUGGUUCUUCCAGGACGACGUGAAUUUCUUCAUCAGCUUCACCAAAGAGGAUCUACUCCCGGACCACUGCGAAUAUGGCUUCACGCCUAACUUCGUGCAGGGGUACAACCAGACGGCGGCGUUGCAAGAGUCUAACGGCGAGUGCAUGAGCAAGUCCAUGUUCGACUACACCAACCACCACCACACAGGCCGCACUUCCCUCGACGGCGGCAGACACUCCCGCAGCAACAGUCACGACACCAGCCUCAUACUCUUAGAGAACGAUAUCAAAAAGGCUCAAUCGAAUAGCUCGCUUUCCGACCAAUCUAGUCCCCCGCACGGCAGUCCCAAACCAAUCAUGAGGCGGAAGAAUAAACCUCUAGCGCCGGUGCCGCCUAAUUUCACGCCCGAUAAGAAUAAAAAAGUGGAACCACAACCGCCGGCGGCUCAGCCACAACCGGUUCAGCAGCCUGCAACGGAGCCUAUCAAAGAACACCCGAUCAACACUAAAACAGAAGCGGACAAACCCGCUAAGCCUCCUCGACCGGUGAUCUCCGACACGGGCAAAGUGAUAUCCGGAGUUCAAACUAUCAACCGAUCGACCUACAGACAGAGCAAGGCCCUCAAAGACGACGCGAGGAGCGGGAGCCGCGAGAAUCUCGCCGAUAGACGGACGAGUCUAGAGCUAGAGAAGGAGAGGUUCGAAAGUCUCAAAGCGGCGGAGAGGAAUGAGUCCACAGUAGUCGUCAAAAACGUGACAGCGCAGACGGGAGUCGUGAAUAGGAUGAAGGUGGUGGGGGAGAGCGGGCCCGCGUCGCUGGGCGCGGGCCCGGAGCGGGGCGCGGGCCCGCGGGGCACGCCGGUGAAGCCCGCGGCCGCGCCGCCGCCGCGCCCCGUGGCCGCGCCGCGCACCAUCCCGCCCGCCAGCUCCGCUGCAGAGGAGCCCGACGUGCAGCUACGGCACAAGCCCGCGGUGCCCGAGCGGCCCGCCACGCUGCGGCCGCAGAGCUUCCGCGCGCCGCGGGGCUCCGUGUCCGACGCCGACCUCGCGCCCACCGUGCUGGAGCGCACGCACAUGUACACCGUGGACAAGCAGCACCCCACGGUCAUCCAGGUGGGCGGCGCGGCCGCGCCCGCCGGCGACGACGGGCCGCGCGCCACGGUGCAGCGCACGCACAGCUCGGGCGGCAAGGACGCGGAGCUGGAGCAGAAGGGGCUGGGCGCGUCGCGGCAGCUGUCGCAGUCCGAGGGCAGCAUCACGGAGGCGCCGCAGUCGCCGCGGCCGCAGCCCGCGCGCCCGCCGCGCCCCGCCAUGCCGGCGCCGCCGCCCCCGCCGCCCGCGCACGCGUCGCCGCCCUCCCCCGCGCCUGCGCCCAGCAGUCCCCCCGCGCAGCCGCCGCCUCACAACGAGAGCACGGACCUCUAGCCCCCGGUUAGGGUCGUUCCAAAACCGCGCCUGAGACUAUGAGUCUGACUCGCUCCGACCCCUUCGUAUAACGGUCAGAGUAUAAUCGUCGGGUAUUUUUAUACUUUCGUAUGUGAAAUGGGCCCCGUCUAUGACCUCCCGCGCCUGCGACUGCUGUCUAUAGACUGACUAUUUCGUCCUACGUUUGUACGCAUUUCAUUAAGAUAACACAGUCAAUUUAUAAAGUAUUUCGUUGCGCUGAACGUAAAUUAUUUAUUUUUAUAAAAGUUUGUUCUAAGAUACGCGAUUUGUGAUAGUUAAUAAUCACUCAUUAUCGGAGUUAGCUUUGUUUGCUUAUUAAAAUUGUGGACUAAAAUUUAAAUGUUAUUCCAAAAAGACAUAUCGACGUCGUCAAUUUAGUUGUUAUUGGAAGACGAGUUUGUACAAUAUAUGUAGGAAUGAUGCAAUUAACCCUUGUGAUAUUAGGACGAUGUAAUCACAGCCCCGGCCGCGACCGCACGCCGCCGUGCACAAACGUUGUAUGACAAAUAGCCAUAUUUUUAUAAUUAUGACCCAACAGUGCAUUAUUAUAGUUACAUUAUGCUGUUUCAGUGAAUAUUAUUUUAGGCUUAAGCAUGUUGUGUAGUAUUUACGAUGUUUUAUGUGAUAUGCAUUUUAUUAUUAUUAUACAUAUACUGCAAGUAUACAAGCUUCUGUUGUAAGUAAUUAUAAUUAUAUCCUAAAACUAAUUGUACUUUGAUUUGUAUUUGAAACUUCACAUUGCUAAAUGAUCCAUCGCGCAAUAUACAUGAGCUUCAGAUAUUCUGCAUUUUAACAUUGAUCAAAAAUGAUAACGAUAUACAAUCAGUGUUGCCAAUUAAGAAAAAUCGUAUUAAAACGUGGAAUUUCUUAACAUAAGACAAGUGACACUGUAGAGUAGCAAAAGUGCAAUAAAACAACGAAAAACUA